ACUCAACAAACUAGACGAAGCACGUAGCGAAGGUACCAACUACGAACCGAAAAUACCAAAACUCACAAAGAAAGAAAAUACCAAAAAAUAAUUUUAGAGAGGGAUGGAUUUUCCGGAACUAUUAGCGAUAUUCGGGCCAGGUAUCGCCGGCGCAGUAUUCGGAGCGGGUUGGUGGUUUUGGGUUGACGCCGUUGUCUGCAGUGCCGUCGCCGUAUCUUUUGUUCACUAUCUACCCGGAAUUUUCGCAUCUUUGGCUGCGUUGAUGUUCAAUUGUGUGAGGAAAGAAGACAUCGAUUACUCUCCUUACGAUGAAGGCGAGUGGAGAUUGAAGCUUUGGCUUUUUCUUGCUUAUGUCAUAUCCUUUGUAUCACUUGCGGCAUCAGUUGGGUUACUUAUACAAGAUGCCUUGGUGCCUUCUGGCCCAUCAGCGUGGACAGGAGUUGCUGGUGUUUUGCAGUGUGUAUUUGUGCUAAUCAGUUUAGUGAAAACCUUGGACAAUCGGCACUCAGAAAUGUCAACCUUGCUUGUUCUUCAACUGUGCUUUGAUUUGUCGUUUGACCAGUGGGCUGAUCUAUUGGACGUCACACUCCGAAUAGCUGAAAACUGCCAUGAAAGAUCUUUUAAGUCUUGAAUUGUAAAAUUUUCCUUAUCUUGAGUGUCCACAAAAUUAGUUCACCUUGUGUAAAUGCUUGUAAUAUCCUACUGGCUCUAAUUUACGAAGUUCUCUCAUUCUUGUGCUAUGAGGCUGUCCGAUCAAGUAAUACAUGGGUUUCAGAUGAUUGUUAUGCAUAUCUGAUUGUGAGCUCAUGUAAUAUUGAAUGUUCGUUGUUUUCAAUUGAUAUUGUUCUCGACGGUAGUAAGUUAAA